UUUACAUAUGUCUCCAAUUCUCUUUUUUUUAGAAAUCUUAAAGAUGAUAGCUAGUAAAUAAUAAUAUCUCGUAAGGAAGUUAAAAUCUUUUUGUAGAAGAACAAGACUGCAAGAAGUGUAUCAUGGUGUUUAUUUUUUUGCCUUUUCUUUCUGUUAUAGCAUCCUCGUCUGCUAUUACCAUCUCUCCAGCGGUCACCAAUGCGACUGAAGGUGACAAUGUCACGCUGGAUUGUGUCACAAACGCGACUGUUAACAUCACAUGGUUUCACAACGGAAAUAAAGUGAAUUGUACUACAUUUUUCUGCAAUGUGUACGAGAAUAACACGCUAUUCCUCUACAAAACAGAAAUAUUUCAUGAAGGGAAUUAUUCUUGUGCUGUGGUAAAUGGUAACACAACAGUGUUAGAAAGCAAGACUGCCUAUCUGCAUAUUUUUCAUUUGUCUAUAUUUGGCUCUCUUAAUAAUGUAUCAGCAACGUAUGAUACGAUCUUCUCAGUGAACUGUUUGAUACGAGCAAAUCCACUACCUAUUACGGUUACAUGGAAGCAGAACAGUACUGUCAUCACAAACAACACCAGACAAAAAAUGACUUACACCGUCUAUACAAAAAGUAUAGCAAAGGCAGAUUUUAAAAUUUACAAUAUCACAAAAACUGAUGUUGGUUGGUACACAUGUGAAGCUGACAAUACUGUUCUUAGAAAGCGUCAUUUGGUGGGGGCUAUUUUAGGUUUUAAAAGGGAAUGUAGGUAUGGUUGGGCAUGCCCGAAUAUUCGCAAGUGUAUUCGAAAUUCUCAACAUUGCAACAAUAGAGACGAUUGUGGAGAUUUUUCGGAUGAAAAAAUCAAUUGUUCUGCACCUGGAAACAUCACUAUAUUUGUUGUUCGUGUUCGAAACUACCACACAGUAGACGUAUCAUGGAGGUACGACGUCCGUGCAAUCAACUACACACUUACUCUCAAGCAAGAUGGUUACAUCAAAACGUAUGUUAUACGGAGUAGCUAUAAAGGCAUAUCAGAUCUUCAAAAUGGAACUAGCUAUCAAGUUCAACUAUAUGCGGAAAAUUAUGUUGGAAAAUCAAAUCCUACUAAAUGGAUCAACUUUACAUUACCAAGAAUGGUGACACCAGGACCUGUUAGAAACAUCAGUGUUGUCGAAUUCUCCGUGAGAUAUACUUAUAUUAAAAUGCUGAUCAAGUAUUUGCCUCCAGUGGAAGAUGGUGGUGGCCGCUAUACCGUAUAUCGUAACGAACUGUGUAAGUACAAUAUCACAAGCAAAAUCUCCAUGAACUGUACAACCAGAGGAACAUCUCUCACGUCGUACAUCACGGAGAAACAGUUGGCGGAUACAACUUAUAAAAUUACUAUUUACGUUACAAACGAGGCCUUAUUAAAAGGACCGUCGAUGGAGUAUAUUUACACAACACCUUUGUAUAAAAAACGUACGAUUAGACCAUCGUAUGACUACGACACUGGAUUGAGUGAUGGUGCAAUAGCUGGAAUAGUUAUAGCAUGCUUAUCAGCACUGUGUUCUCUGUUAGGUUGUGUCUUUAAAACGUGCUGCUCUGAUGAUAAUUCAGGAGUAGACAAUGGAAUAGCUUUAAAUGAAACGAAAUCAUAACUUCUUACGUGGUCUUUAAGAUUUUAAAAGAUUUAACAUUGUGUCUAAAUAGAGUUUUAUGUUGUUCUUUUUACUAUAAACAUUCUACGGAUGGACAUUCGCCAACAAUUGACUCUUCCUUUUAAAUAUGCAGCUACUGGUGGUGUGGGAGAGGGGGCGAUUGUUCCCAUUCAAUAUUUAUAAGAAAAUAGAAAAAUCUGUUUUCGGCAUUGUUACUACUAAGGGUUAAAUUUUUAUAAUUAUUAUAUAAAAGUCAUCGUAAUUUCCUCAAUUUAGUCUUUGCUUCUGCGAAACUAUUUUUUUUUUAAACUAUAAUCUUGAUGUACUCUAUGUAUAUACAGUCGACGCUCGUUAUCUCGACCUUCCGCAGGAUUCGUGAAAAAGGUCGAGAUAACGAAAGUUCGAGAUAGUGGAUAGUGGACAUAAGGAGCGUCAAUUGUGAAAAAGGUCGAGAUAAGGAAAGUUUUCCAAUAUCAUGCACACAUUAAAAAAAUUAUUUAAAUUUUUAAAUUAGAUAAUCAGAAAAACCAAUUAUUACUAUUCUCAUGCUAUAUGUAUAUAACCAUUUCAAAAAUUUUAAAAUGCUA